CUCAAGGUGGAACUAUCUACACUAAAGAAGACCUGGAGAAGCUUGCUGUCGUUUGGAGAAAACACAGAAUGAUAGUCUUGAGCGACGAAAUUUAUGCUCAGCUCAUUUUUGAUGGAGACUUCUGUCCUACUGCGAAAGUUUAUCCGGAACGGACGAUCAUCAUGACCGGCUUUAGCAAAUGGGGUUCUUCUGGGGGCUGGAGACUGGGCUACGCCUACUUUCCCGAAGAACUGGAAGAUUUUCGGAAAGCUCUUGUUGCUUCUGCUGGCCAGUCUCAUUCAUGUGCCCCAGCACCGAUUCAGUUUGCCUGGGCUAAGGCUUUGCGGGAUGAACAUGAGCAGAUUGAUGCUUAUGUGCGAGAUUGCCGAACUAUUUUGAAGACGGUUGCGCGGUUUUGCGAACGGUUC